CGUAUGGCAGUUGAGCAGCACAUACUGUGUUCCUAGAGUGUAUUGUGUAGUAUGAAGUGUGCAGCAAGGUGGAAGAAGAAAAUUGCUUAUUCUCCUAUAGCAAGUUUGUACUGGUCCAGAAACAGAGCUGAGUUAUGGAAACUGAGGAUCUACAGCUUCUAAACACAAUUUAAGGAUGUAUUUCAACUACCUUUGCUUGUCCAUUAGAUGUUAGGGAUUUGCUUUCCAAGCUGUAGUUUUUAACUUUAAAGUUAGCAUUCGCCAAGUUUUAGCCUCCCCCAUGACAAUAAAAUCCCUGCUCACUGUUAUGAAUACAAAUACUGAAACUUUGACAAAAGAUUGUUCCAUGUCCACUGGGAUUAAGAAGGGAAUGAUAGUUUUGAUAUGUAUGUACCAGCUGAUGUUGCUUAAAGCUGAUGCUCCUUUAACAAACACAGAAAAACGUAGUGUUGCAGAGACCACUGGAGGUCCACCAGUGAAACUCAAAACAGGGCAAACUUCAGACAUGUUAUUCAGGGCCUGGCCCAAAGAAGUUGAGUUUUCUUCAAAAGAAUUCUAAUUCUGCAGUGGCACUGGGAUUUUGGUGGCACUGUGGAUUAUUUUUCCAUGCUGCUGAAGAGCUUGGCUGGGCUCUUUGGACCCCAGAGUCUGGGAAUGUUGCAGUCAGUCCAAGGGUGACAGACAUAGGCAGCCAUAGUCAAAUUGUUUUGCAGCAUGUAGUGGAGUUCCCUAUGCAACCAAAGAGGUGAGGAGUAUUGCUUGAGGGCUGCUCUUAGUUUAGCAGAGGAAACCUGGCCCCUCUGAAGCUUAGACUGAACUGAACAAUUAGUGUAGGUACUGUAGACUCUUGGGGAAAAAAACUUGUUUUGUACUUUAGAGGUCUUCUGUUAACCUGAAAUCUCAAGGAAAGUUAAGUUUGCUUAAACUUGUCAUUACAUAGAAAGAACUUCUUAAAUAAAAAUCCUAGGGAUAAAAUUAAAAGUUUAGAACUUUAUUAGUUCUUUCUGAAGUUAACUCCUGUUAAUCACUUCUUUGUAAUUCUUGUAGGUAAAAGUUAAGAGCCUGUGGCAACACCAGUAGUGUGAUCUGCAAGCAUUUGAGAACUUAACAGAUGAACAGGUCACUUACAAUAUGGUUUAUGACUUAAGUGGAUGCAAAAGGAAUCUAAUUAGUCCUUUGGAACUGCCUGGGAUCUGAGCUAACAUGGAGAUACUUUUCCCUCAUACUGAGGGUUACAGGUAACAGUACGUGAAGGAUAAGAAGCACCACCAUGGGAAAACACACUGCUUCCUUGAUCAUGAUGAUGUGAGCAGGAUAUAUAGUAGUGCUUGCUGAUCAUCAUGCUGGCUGUCUCUGUGGGAUGGAGGAAGAGGCAGAGCACAAUUAACAGCACUAGCGGUCUUAUCUUACAGAAAUUGCAGCUUCUAUUGCCUCCCCUUUUGUGGAAAGGGUCCUGCCUGUGAAAGCAUGAAAAUGCAUCCUCCUGGGUUGCUCUUUUUCUUCUUAGCAGCAUGCUUCACUCCCACCGCUGACUGCCACACUCAGAAGUUAAAAUCCAUGCGGUGCAAUAUCAGGACGAUGUUUACCUUGAAUACAGAGUGUGCUGCUUGUGCUGUAGCACCUAAGAUACUGUGUCCAAGAGGCUGGUUGAAGAUCACCCAAGGAUUAGGAGUAAGGGGCUGCAGAUACACUGUCAAGUUAGGGGAGAAUUCCCUUUCCCAGCCAGGGUGCCAUCACAUCUGUAAGAAGGAAGUUGAGGAGAAAAAGUGCUGUCCAGGAUUCUGGGGUACAGAGUGCUAUGAGUGUCCAGGUGGCUCUCAAAAUCCCUGCAAUGGCCAUGGGACAUGCUUGGAUGGUAUGCAGCAAAAUGGGACCUGCAUCUGCAAGGAGCAAUACAGUGGUUUUGCCUGCCAAGACUGUCUAGAUGAAAAUCAUUUUGGCCCGGACUGCCAGUCAGAGUGUGACUGUGUGCACGGGGAAUGCAACAGCGGCGUCACGGGGGAUGGAAGCUGCACGUGCUACGGAGGCUACACUGGCCCCAGGUGUGACCAAGAGCUUCCCCUUUGCAAAGGCAUGACAUGCAAGGCCAACAGUGAAUGUGUGGUGAGAGAUGGGAGAGCAAUGUGUGACUGCAAGCUGGGCUACAGAAAAAGUGGAAGCACUUGCCAAGCGCAGGAUCCUUGUGCUGCUUCUGUGUGCUCCCCUUUUGCUGUAUGUAAGGUUACUGGACCACGAAAGUAUCAAUGUACCUGCAAAGAAGGAUUUCAAGGAGAUGGGAAGAUUUGCCAGCCCAUAAAUCCUUGUGUUGACAACAAUGGAGGCUGCCCAGAAAACUCUACAAUUUGUGUUUACAGACGUCCAGGAGAGGUGUCUUGUGUCUGCAAGCCUGGGAUGAAUAGAAAAACUCCUUCAUCUGAGUGUUCUGUAUUUCCCAACAAUUGCCGGUGGUAUUUUUGUGACGUGUCUUCCACCUGUGAAAUUAAUGCCCAGGGGAAUCCGAGCUGUGUGUGUAAAGAAGGGGAGAUUGGAGAUGGAAGAUUUUGCUAUAAAGAUCUCUUAAGUGAGAUGAGUAACAGCAAUUCACGAGGAAAUUUUGCUAGAAAAUUAAAUGUCGCCAGGAAAAUGUUUGCUUCUGGUUGCUCGAUGUUGCUGACUAAAUAUGGGCCUUUCACAGUCUUUGUACCAUCCCUUCUUCCCAUUCAUGACAGACUGGAAUUUAACGAUACCACUGCUGAGCGUUUGUGCAGAAUGCACAUUGUUGCUGGUCUGCAUUUGGUAGAAGACAUGGUAAAAGCCAAGACUAUGUGGACCUUGUCAGGACAUCAGCUGACAUUCAGCAGCCAGACGUACAUCACAUCGUUUCGGUAUCAAGACCUGCCGGGGGAACUGUACAAUGUUUUGCAAUCAAACCUGCCAGCAGCCAAUGGCAUCAUGCAUAUUGUUAACACCCUGAGGAGAGAACCCAGCACUGACAACCUCAGAAACCCACAGAAAACCAUUGGUGAGAUCCUUACUUCAAUGGAGAUCUUCAGUAGAUUUGAAACAAUACUGGAGAACUGUGGCUUGCCUGCAAUACUGGAUGGACCAGGCCCCUUUACUGUGUUUGUACCCAGCAAUGAAGGUGUGGAUAAUUUGAGAGAUGGAAGGCUCAUUUAUCUUUUCACAGAGGGCAUAAAUAAGCUUCAGGAACUUGUGAAACAUCAUAUCUACACUUCAGCAGCGCUUACUGUAGAGAAACUGAUAAUGAUGCCACACAUUGUUACCAUGGCUAACCAGAUCCUGACCAUCAACAUCAGUGCAGAUGGAAGGAUUCUGAUGGAUGAAUCAGGGGUCCCCUUAAAGAUGCGAGACAUUGUGGCAUCAAAUGGCAUCAUUCAUACCUUGGAUGGCAUCUUCAUCCCUCCUUCCAUAAUUCCCAUCUUGCCUCACAGAUGCAAUGAAGAGCAACAUGAAAUUGUGACAGGUUCUUGUGUGGAUUGUGAGGCCCUCAACAGCAGUGUUUGCCCACCUGGCAGCAGAGAAAUGGAACCAACCUUCUUCCUAAAAGAAUGUGUCUACAUCCAUGAUCCACAAGGCCUGAAUGUCCUGAAGAAGGGGUGCGCCAGGUACUGCAAUCGAACCGUCACGAAACCUGGAUGCUGCAAAGGAUUCUUUGGUCCAGACUGCAUGCCAUGCCCAGGGGGAUUUUCCAGUCCAUGCUAUGGCCGGGGAAAUUGCAGGGAUGGCAUACAAGGGAAUGGCAGCUGCCAGUGCUUUGAAGGUUUCAAAGGAAUAGCCUGUCACAUCUGCUCAAACCCAAACAAACAUGGCGAGAACUGUGACGAAGAUUGUGGCUGUGUCCAUGGGGUCUGUGACAACAGGCCUGGCAGCGGGGGUGUGUGUCAGUCCUGGUCCUGCAAGGAAGGCUAUACUGGGAAAUUCUGUGACAAGACAUCCAGGAACUGUGGCCCAAGUGGGCUGUCCCAGUACUGCCACCAGAACGCUGUCUGCAGCCUCAAUGACACAGCAAGGUGCAUCUGCAUGGAUGGGUACGAAGGUGACGGGUUUUCCUGCCAGCCCAUCGACCUGUGCAGUCAGCCAGAACGAGGAGGCUGUUCGCAGAAUGCCCUGUGCGCCAGUACAGGUCCUGGCACUGCCACCUGCCAGUGCAACACGGGCUGGACAGGGGACGGGAAGGCCUGCGUGGCUGUAGACAACUGCAUGCUGGAGAGCAGAGGGAACUGCCACAUCAAUGCCAACUGCCUUUAUGUUGGCCCUGGCCAGAGCAAGUGUGUCUGCAAGAGGGGUUAUGCUGGUGAUGGCCACAACUGUGAUGCAAUCAACCCCUGCCUCAUGGACAAUGGUGGCUGCCAUGAUUUGGCUACAUGUGUACCCCAUGGAGGAGGAGAGAGAUCCUGCACUUGUCCUCCAGGCUACAUGGGGGAUGGCAUGACAUGUUAUGGGGACAUUCUAAAAGAGCUGGCUGGGAAUUACCACUUUGCAGGCUUCUACGACUGGGUCAAGAAAUCUCUCUUCAGCAUCCCAGCAGGAAUGAAUGUCACUGUCCUAGUGCCAUCAGAGGCAGCUAUCAAAAACCUGAGCAAGACUUGGAAGGAUUUCUGGUUGACCCCCUACAUGCUGCCAUUUUUAGUCAGGGCGCACUUUCUUGAAGGUGUCUUCACUGGUGAAGAGCUCAAAAAGUAUGACAGGACAGAACUGUCCACCCUGAACCCACACACCAGAUGGCAGAUAAACACCAGGAGUGGCGUAUUAACUAUUCAGAAUGCCAGUUUAGACAUCAGCGACAUCCCUGCCAGCAAUGGCAUUAUUCAUGUUCUCAGUGAGGUUUUGUUGCCACCUUUAGAAGAUAUCCCACCGAGUCCUCCAGGUCUGCAGAAACAGCUUGAGGCAGUUGCCUCAUUCAGCACAUUCAAGGAGUUGCUAGAGCAAUACCAGCUCAUGGGAAAAAUCGAGUCCUCUGAAAAAUACACAGUUUUUGUUCCUGGAAACAAUUCCAUUGAGGAGUACUGCCAUGCUGCCAAUGUGACACAGCUGGACAACGAGACCGUGCAGUACCACGUUGUACUGGGAGAGAAGCUCUUACCUGCAGACUUGAGAAGUGGAAUCCAUAAGAACAGCAUGUUAGGGCUCUCCUACUGGCUCAUGUUCUACCAAAACAGCACCCAGAAGUUUGUCAAUAAUAUUCCUUUGGAUGGAAAAUUUAUUGAGACAAGGAAUGGCAUGUUGAUCGGGGUCUCGCAGGUCCUCCAGAUACAGAAGAAUCGUUGCACGGCCAAUACCACCACGAUACAAAAGUCAAGAUGCGGCAAGUGUGAGAAGGGGAUCAAGUGUCCUGCUGGAUCAGUUCUUGUGGAAUUGCCAGGAAGCAAGAAUCUCGCUCGCUGUGAAUUACGCUCAGGGGAUACAGGAAUACUUGGCUGCCAUUUCACCUGUGCUAAAGUUUCUCUGAGAUCCGUCUGCUGCCCUGGCUACUAUGGACACAUGUGUGAGAUGUGCCCAGGAAAGCCAGGCCAGUGGUGCUCCGGGAACGGGGAAUGCCAGGACGGCAUGGAGGGCAGUGGGGAGUGCCGGUGCCUGGAGGGCUUCCAUGGCACCGCCUGCGAGAUGUGUGAAGUUGGCAGAUAUGGAGCUGACUGCAGAUCAGAAUGUGCCUGUGACAAUGGCAUAUGUAACGAUGGACUGCAAGGGGAUGGGAGCUGCCAGUGCUUCCCAGGGUGGAAGGGCCCUACCUGCCAAGAAAGAAUCAAGGUUGACUUAUGCAAUAACACUUGCCAUCAAAUGGCCAACUGCCUCAACACUUCCACAGAUUUCCCACCUAUGUGCUUCUGCUCUGCUGGGUACACAGGGAAUGGGACCCACUGCACAGAAAUUGAUCCAUGCACCACUGACCACGGAGGCUGCUCCGUACAUGCUGUGUGCACUAAGGUGUCCCCGGGAGAGAGAACCUGUGUUUGUAAGGAAGGCUACGCUGGGGACGGGACGCUCUGCAUGGAAAUUGAUCUCUGUCUUGAAAGCAACGGGGGCUGCCACAGCAACGCAGAGUGCAUGAAAACAGGCCCAAAGAAGGUUGCCUGCAACUGUCUUCCUGGUUACAGUGGGGAUGGUGUGAGCCAGUGCAACCCCAUCAACUUGUGUGAACAGAACAAUGGAGGCUGCAGCCCACUUGGAAUCUGCAAGUACACGGGCCCUGGCACCCGGAACUGCUCCUGCUCCUGGCUCAGCGUCGGAGAUGGCUUCACCUGCCACGGCAAAGUGUAUCAGGAGCUUGGAAGGAUCAAAGAUGCGUCCAUGUUCUUUAAGAUGAUACUGUCGGAAAACAUCAAGGAGCUCACUGGGGCAGGGCCUUUCACUGUCUUUGUCCCACGGACAGAUUUCAUAGGAAACACUACAGUGUUUGAGGAGUGGAGGAGCAGAGGUCUCCUCCGGGACCUGCUUCGCUACCACAUGGUGGGUUGCCAGAAAUUGCUGUCCAGUGACCUGGAAGCCCAGGAGUCACUCACGUCUCUAUCUGGCCACAAAAUAAACAUCACAGUGAAAGAGAAUAGCAUCUAUCUCAAUGAGGAAGCCAAAGUGGUCAUGAGUGACAUCGUUGGCGUGAAUGGGGUCAUUCAUUUCAUCAACAAGAUCCUCAUUCCAAGUGACCUGGUGGACCAUAACAUUUCCUCACAGAUCUCACAGCAAAACAUCACGGAAGUGGCAUCAGCCUUUGGGUACACCAUUUAUAGCAAGCUGCUGCAGGACGCGGAGCUGCUUCCACUGAUUGGUGACCCCCUGCACAGACCCUUCACCAUGCUCUGGCCCACGGAUGCUGCAUUUAACGCCCUCUUGGAGAAGCAGCAGAAGUGGCUGUACAGCAGGGAGCACCGGGACAUGCUGGCCUCCUACCUCAAAGCACACAUGAUCAGGGACACAAAGAUUGUUGCUGGUAACGUGCCCCAAGUCGAAUCCACACGGACCAUGUAUGGCUCCACCAUCUCAUUCAGCUGCAGCAAAAACCACGUGGGGGAGCUUCUGGUGGGGAACAGUGAUGCCACCAUCAUCCAGAGGCACAUGGAAUUCAAUGGGGGAAUUGCUUAUGGCAUCAACAGGGUGUUGGAGCCACCAGAUCUGGGAUCUCGGUGUGAUGAGUUCAGCUUUGUAGAAUUGCAGGGAUCUACAGAGGGCUGCGGACCCUGUGGCUUCGAGCCAUCCUGCCCUGCUGGCUCUGUUGAACAGGGGGGAACCAGGCGCUGCUACUAUUACGGAAAUCAGCUGUUGAGAUACCCUUUUCAGUUUCACCACAACUCCCUCUUGCGGCGGUCCCGGCCACCCUCCCCGUGGGAUCCCUUCAGAAGACACUUCUCUUCCAGGGGGCCUCUGAGACGAGGCUGCAAGAGGAGCUGCGUUUCCCCACAGUGGGUCCCUCAGUGCUGUGCCAACCACUAUGGCCGUGACUGUCGGGCGUGCCCAGGAGGGCUGGAGGCGCCGUGCGGUAACCGCGGGACCUGCGACGACAGAAUCGGCGGCUCGGGGCGGUGCAACUGCAGCGAGGCCUUCAUCGGGACCAGCUGCGAGCUGUGCGCGCCGGGCCGGUACGGGCCGGAGUGCCGAGAGUGUAACUGUACUGAGAAUGGUGUGUGCAACGGAGGACUGCAUGGCGACGGCUUCUGCUUCUGUGCCGAGGGCUGGACUGGAGACAGAUGUGAAAUCAAACAAGUCCUGACGCCCACCUGCUCUCCACCCUGCCACCCCCAGGCUGUCUGCCGCUCUGGCAACCUCUGCGAAUGUGACCUGCACUAUGAAGGAGAUGGGAGAAUGUGCUCAGUGAUGGACAUGUGCAGCCAGGACAACGGGGGGUGUGCCAGGCAUGCACAGUGUACACAGGCUGGGGUGAACGUCUCUUGUGCCUGUGCACCUGGGUACGGAGGUGACGGCUACACCUGCGAGCCCAUAGACAGAUGUGCAGAUGGCAGGAACGGGGACUGCAGCCAGCACGCCAGCUGCAUCAGCACCGGGCCGAACGAGCGGCGCUGCGAGUGCAAGCAGGGCUACGUGGGUGAUGGAAUCCAGUGCCUGGAAGAGGCCGUGCCCCCCACGGACCGGUGUCUGAGUGACAAUGGGCAGUGCCAUCGGGAGGCCAUUUGCACCGACCUGCACUUCCACGACAAGACUAUGGGCGUGUUUCAUCUACAGUCACCCCGAAAAAAAUAUGACUUCACUUACGAGCAGGCUCAGAAGGCCUGUGCUGCAGAAGGUGCUUCCCUGGCCACUUUCCAGCAGCUCUCAGCAGCACAACAGAUGGGAUUCCAUCUGUGCUUGGUGGGUUGGCUGGACAAUGGCACAGCUGGAUACCCCACGGCAUACCCCAACCCCAGCUGUGGGUCUAACCGAGUGGGCAUUGUGGACUAUGGCUCCCGAAGCAACCUGAGUGAGACCUGGGAUGCGUUCUGCUACCGGGAGAAAGAUUUGACUUGCACCUGUCGUGAUGGGUUCGUGGGAGAUGGGUACUGGUGCAGUGGCAAACUCCCCGAUGUGCUUGCAGACCAGGCUCGCUUCUCCACCUUCUAUUCCAUGUUGCUCGAUUUUGCCAAUGACACAGAAGAAGGGCUGGAUUUUUUCAUCUAUUUGUCUGAUGACUCCGCUCCCAAAACUCUCUUUGUCCCUCUGAAUUCUGGCUUCACAGACAAUGAAACACUGACAGGAGAAGAACUGAAGCUCCACGUGUCAUCCAGCAAUGUUGUGCUGUUCAGCUACAACCUCACAACAGGCACCAUCAUCCCAUCCCAAUCAGGAUAUGACCUCCAUGUGUCAGACCUCCCAGUGGGCAACAGCACAGAGCAAUCAGAUGCCAAGGGGAUCAAUGACACGAUGAUUGUGGAGUGGGACAUCAUAGCUUUCAAUGGCAUCAUUCACGCGAUCGCAGAGCCGCUGAAGAUCCCACCGCCCGUUGUGCAGCUUGGUCAGGUGAAUGGCGUGGCACAGACACCAGGCUCGGUGGCCACAGGGACGUUGUCGGUGCUGUGCUUUGCCCUGGCACUGGCUGCUGGCGCCGGCGGCGCCUAUUACUGCGUGAAGAGACGGCGGCAGGAGGAGCAGUUCAGGUAUUUUCAGGCGGAUCUCCGCGCAGAUGAGGAGGAGGAGGCGGCAGCACCGCAGCAGCCCGCCAGGCCCCGGCCCCAGCGGCCACUAGUCGCCAUUCCCAACCCACUCUACGGCAGCCACGCUCCGGACUACGAGCCGCUGCAGGACUCACUCCUGGUGGACGCCAGCGCUGACCCCCAUGGUUUCCCGCAGUGAGGCUCCGCUCCCCGUGGCCCUGGCCUGGGCCCCGGAGGGCGCAGAGAAAUAAAGAGCUCAGCACCACCGGCUCUGCCCACGCCCGCCCUCCCACCCCCCGCCACUCCCGCCGCUGGGCUCUCAGCCCCAGCCUCACACCACCUCCCACUGACUGAGCACUGGUACUUGCCAGCCGGCAGCCCCAGCACCCCUCUUGUCUGGUCCCUCCCCACGCACAGCCCUGUACGAUGUGUUGCCCACCAGAGCCGUGCAGGCCAGUUAAACCAACCCCCUCCAGCAGUGUUAGUGUGUGUGCCAGCCCCUGGGGAACACCAGCCCUUGCUCAUCUACCCUCCUAUACCCCAUGGCCAGGCACAAGUCCCAUCAGUUAGUCACCACCCCCAAACACCCUUUUUGCUCUGUCCUUCUGCCUGCAUUAUGGCCAUAAGGGGCUCAAACUGCUUCAUGCUGGACAUCUCAGUCCCAGCCUCUUAAGACACCCACACCCAGUGUCCUGGCUCAUGGUCCUGUAUACAGAGCUGCACCUCCAAGGCAGGCGGAAGAACAGAGACAAGGAACAACUGUGCAGUGAGUUGGUUAGUCAGUUAGUUACACAUGCUGCAGAUGUUUAUUGAGCCUACACACACCACACAGCACAAAGACAGCAACUGCCACAUGCACAUACUACAGCCAUUAGAUAAGAGCACCUAUGUUAACAGCAAUCGUUCUGGCCACUGAGGUGAGAGCAAGGCAUUUGGAAAGGCUGUGCCAGCCUGGCACGGAGCACAAAGAUGAGGCAGUGACAGGCAAGAGACAGACUGAGGGGCCAGCCUGGCACACUGCCAGGGAGGAAAGUGUGUGACUAUGUGUAUCUGUGUGUACCUCACUGAGGGCUGCUGACACAUACUGACUGCACUUAGGCACCUUUCUCUGAGGGGUUUCCUGGCAGAGGGUCCUCCACACCAACCUGGUUCCUCUCCCUCAGCUGCCCUCACAUUAACAACACUGAACCCACAGAGCAAGCGUCCAGCCCAGUGCCCACACAACCCCUGCCUCCACCCUUGCUAAGUCCUCAGCCAUCCCCUUGUAAACAAACAGCCCUUCCCCACUGUGCAUCCCAAAGACCUGUCACACACACUCACCCAUCUCCUUGCUUGCUCAUUGCCAGGCCCAGCACAAGCGGUGCAUCCAUUCUCUGUUCUCACUUCUGCCUGUCACCUCAACACCAACUGCCCCCACCAAACACCCCUCCCCAACACCCUGCCCCUAACAUCCUACUGUAGCUCUGACCUGCCUAGGCCUCCAGGCCACCAUCACCCUUGUCCUCUGUCCUAUAUUAUCACAGCUUGUCUCUUCUGCUUCCUCAGGAGGCAGCUCAGUGCUUUGCACAGCCACGCUCCCUAUUCUGACCCACUACAGCCAGCAGCACGUCACACUCGCACACGCUGAGCCCCAGACAUCCUCACCAGCCCCUCCAUCCACCUUAGGCUACAUCUCAGUGAGCAUGGGUGGAAGGCAACCAGCUCUGCUGACAACCCUGCACCUUCCCUGAAAGGCCAAACACCUCCCUCUGCAAGUCACAACAGACCAUACCUCAUCAGUUGCCAAAAUAUGGCACCAAACCCCAAAAAUACUGACAGUACAUAGCACUAAGCUCACCAAACAAACCAGACAUGUCACUUAUUCUUAGACCUUCUGCUCUCCUCCUCCACAUCCAACUAACAGUCCUCUACCACAGUCACCAGCUGGACAGACCAGUCUGGCAGGAGAAAGAUGGGCCUGAGGGCAGCUGGUACCAGGUCUGGGUGGGUAACACAGCAGAUGCUCUGUCAUCUGUGAUGCAUUUACUGAUGGGCUUCACUGGUUGCCCACUCUGCAACCCUGUCCCCUCGCUGUCCCCCUGCAGCAUCACUCACGCUCUAGUGCUUAAGGGUACAGAGGCAGCUACAGCCCUCACGCUGUAGUUACGGUGUGCUCACCAAGCACCUGAGACUCAGGACUCCAUUUCUGAGCCGCUUCCCUGGGCGCAGAACAGGAAGCAGCAGUGUCCCACCACAAGCACUGGUUCUCCAGCUCACCGUGUCCUACCAAGGACUCCCUGCAGCUCACUUAUGGCCCAGAAGAAACACCCAUCCUUUGUUCAGCCUGCAACGCACCUCAGGGAAAGGGAUGGAGCCAGUGAAGGGGAAAAAAAAAAAACAACCCAAUAAACACACCAUCUACGCACAUACGUAAGUGUGAGAUGCCCUUUAGUGGUAGACAGAGGUGCUGCCGGCCGAGCAGCCCGGCCCCACGUACAGACUGUGUGUGCUGGUGCCCGCGGUACCUGGCCCUUCACCGGAUGUGCACCAUCUCCUCCAGGAAGGGGGUUUUCAUGCAGCCCGUGCAGAGCUGGUCCAUCCAGAGCGGAGCCUCGUGCUGCAGAGGGGUGCGCCGAGGGUAGAAGGUGAAAUUCACGUCAUAGUUGAGCAGGCAGCUGAUGGAUGCCAUGUAGAUGUCAGAGAACCGCACCAGCCGGCGGGAGAAGUACGUGGGGUUGUGGAAGGUGCGGAAGAUGCUUCCAAACUGGGGGUUGAACAGGUUCUUCGUCAGCGACCUGAGAGGAAAAAGAAUGGUGUUCUGUUGAUAAAAGGUCACAUAUUCUUCCCUUUCCACUCCCUCAGCCCUGGGCCACCCCACUCCCAAAAGAUAUUUUGGGAUCACCCCAAGUACCCUUCCACGCAGCUACAAUGCAGGCAGUCCCUGUGCAGCAAGACUCUGCUGAAUAGUCACCACACUCUUCUUUGGAAGAAGAGCCAGGAGCUGUAGCAGCAGCCAGCCAAUCAACAGCCCCGCCCCCCAGCACAAGGGUGACACUCCUGCCUUCAAACCCAUCCAGCCUCCCAGUCUGCAGGGCUGCAACCAUCCCAGACAUGGCCAACAAGCUGACAGCUGCAACACCUCUGUCUACAAAACAGACCAAGUGCAGGCCCCACAACCCUCAAGCGUCCUCAUGAGUGAGAUGACCAAUGCUCACCUAAUCUCUUGACGUUCCUUCAUCCACUCCAGCAAUACUUGCUUCGACUCUGCAUCCUGGUACAUCUGCAAAGACAACAGCAGAAAGCACCACAUUGCCUCAAUCCUGUAGGCCUCACUUCAGCUCCCCCAGUCUCCACAGUAACUCAUUAAACUCAAGAGGCCACUGCACCAAGAGGAGGAUGAGGUGUUUUUGAGAACACAGGCAAGAUGCUAAGUUCCCUGAUUUCCAUACUAAGCCCAAAACAGAGACUUGGAAGGCAGCAUAUUGCCCAUCCUGCUCAGACAGGAGCUGGUUACCUGCAUUCUCUCCAGCAGCCCCGUCAGAGCCUGCUGCCAGGUCAGGGAGUGCAUGUACUGCUCUGUGUUUAUGAUCCGAAUCUCCGUCUCCAGUUCAGGAACGAUGGCUCCAGUCCUCCAGCCAUGACGUAACAUGAGGUCCUAGAGGUCAGGAUGAAAAAACAAUCAAGAAUUCAACACAAAGACUGAAAGCCAAACAUAAGCCUGUUUCCUAGAAGAGUGGUCUGGUCCCACUAUAAGUUCUCAGGGAACAGGCAUCCAUGCCCCAUGCCAGGUCAUGCUGGUAACACAAGCCUCCCAGCCACCAGCUGUAGAGAAACCUUGGAUUCACACAACCUGCUCUCGUUCACAGACCAACAGAUGUUCUUUACCCACAGAAAGUGCUUCAGGAGCCCCUUCUCCACUGCCUAAGCCUGCUUGACAGCAGAGUGGGGCUGCUUAUGUAUCCCAUGGGUGCCUCAAAAGCCACAGCCUGCAGAGCACAAGCACAGCACACUGGAGACCUGGACACUGGGAACAGGGCCCUACUGUACCCUCCAACACCACUGCAAGCACAGCAGCCCCAGAGGCUUGCUGCCACCUCACUGGAGAGCAGAGACUUUUUCACUUACCGCAAGGUCGCUGUACAGAUGGUCCCCAAAAUAGAGCACUUUGGACCCACGCCAGCCUGUCAGCCUCAAGAAAUCAAAAAGAUUACCCUGCAAGUAAAAGGAGCAAAGAAACAUGGCAACAGGCCAAAUGCCUCCAUCCUCACCAGCACUGUCAAUGCACCUGGAUGUGCCACCUUACCACAUGCAGAUGUGAGCAGUCUCGUCAGAUGUCAACCUGCGUGCUCCCCCACCCUCCAAACCCAGAGGUUGGUCCUUACCCACCUUAUUUCACUUUCUUCUCAUGUGACAAACCUUCCCUGAACAUCCCUGAGCAUUCUCAGGCAAUAGAAAAAAGGCAGAAACUCUUCCAAACUCCACAGGCAGUUCAGGGGGAAGUUCUGUGUCCUAGGGUAGAGCAAGCCAAGAGGACUCUCUUGGGUCCUCUAGGGAAGCUUGCUGUCUACCUGGGGCACAGGUGAAUGAUGUAUAGAGGAAGCUUCUUAGCAGGGCUCAUAGACAGAGCUUUAAACUAGACUCAAAGGGGAAGGGGGAUAAAACCGGGCCCACCAGAGACGAGUCUAGGGGUGAAGUGACAUGGAUGGGAGUGAAACUGAUAGCCCAGCUCAAAUGCAUCUACACUAAGACACGUAGCAUGGGCAACACACAGGAUGAGCUGGAAGCCCUUGUGCAGCAGGAUAGCGAGGACGUAGUUGCCAUCAUGGAAACACGGUGGGAUAACUGUCACCACUGGAAUGCUCCAAGGAAUGGACAUAACUGUUGGGAAAGUUUGCCCAUGGCAGGGAGACGUUGUAUGAGCUCUGCUUGCAUGUUCCUAGCUUCUAGCUCUUGGCAGAGGAUGGGAUGCUACAGAGUGCUUUGAUGGACCCACCAGACAGCCAGAGGCUUCCCAACAGCACUACUCAAGGACAGGACCUACUUUUCUACCACAGGUCAGGUUGCAGCUACUUGACCCCACUCUCACUAACAGUUUCUUCCCAUGGGAUUGGACAGCUCACAUAACCAAGAACAAACCGUCCUCAUACCAGAGGCAAUUUGUUCUCAUGGGACAGACCAGCUGCAAGGAGAACACCCCAAGCCAGCAAGUUCACCAGAGGAACAGUCCAUCCUUUGGACACAUUUGUCCUUCAGUAACAGGAGACAAAAAGGAACGAGGCUCUGUACCCUAAUUGAUCGCCCUUGCUUCUCUGGUCCCUCCCUCACAAGCCCACCUUACAGAGGAUGAUUUGGAGUGAGGUGUGGAGGAUCUUUGCAUACACAGCAGAUAGCACAGAGCUCUGCCUUCUUGCCCUGAAAUAGCAUGCUCUUGGGAGCCCCUCCAGGACAAGAGUUUCAGAACCAAGACAUCAGAAGAGCACUGCCAAUGUCAGAACAAUGCUUCUAGGGUCAAGGUUUCACAGUACACUGGGGCAGAGGGUGUCCACUGACCCCUGCUACACAUGCAGAAUCUCCCUUCUACCCGUUCUCACACAGGAAAAAACUCAGCCUAGGAGCGCUAACUCAGCACAGGUCCUCCUGGGCAGAAAGGCAAGCACCCAACACCAUCAACUGACCCUGCUCUGCCUUUCCCACCCAUCUCUGUUCCUCCAUCUCUAAUGCCAAGCCCAGCUGAGCUGGGUGGAACACACCCCUCCCAUUACACACCUUUCUACAGCAUGACCCAUGCACAGAGCUGCGCAGGAAACUGUUUCAGGGCUGCAGAGAAAAAGUUUUCUUACCAGGGAGCUCUGCUUUACCUUAUUUCAGCUCUGCCUCCUGCAACUGUAAGAAGCCAUGAUGGCCUUUUCUACAGCCAGCAUGGAGCAUCCCUCCCCAUUCUCAGGGGUCAGUUUACCACACAGUGACAGGCAGCACACACCUUGGCAGGGCUUUCUGAUAGAGGAGAAGACCCUUCAUUCCAGCACUUACAUCCCAGCAGAAGCCAAAAGACUUUUCAAAGGCAGGCCAAGUGCAAGGAUAUUGAUCCAUAGUGUGCCCAGAGACACACUGAAAGUAUCUGGGGGGACAGUGUCCUCCUGGGUCAGCAAGAGCUCUCUGAAUGUGGACAGAGGGCACCUCCUGUUGCCUCCAGCCAGAGCAGUGAACAGGGCCUAUAAUGUUUCUUACAAAUGGCUUCUAUCUAUCAGACCUGCUCCUUUCAAGAACUUCCACUUCUUACUUUCCAAACAUCAAACAUCCACAAGUGAUCUAUAGAAGGACCAUCAUUUUCCCCCAACAUGACUAAGCAGAUUUUCCUGUUUUUCAGAGACUUCCUUUGAGUGACUUCAGCACCUCUCCUAUGAAGACAGGCUGAGAGAGCUGGGGUUGUUCAGUCUGGAGAAGAGAAGGAUCCAGGAAGACCUCAUAGCAGCCUUCCAGUACCUGAAGGGCGUACAGAAAAGUUGGGAAGGGACUUUUACAAGAGCUUGUAGCAAGAGGACAAGGGGUAAUGGAUUAAAACUGGAAGAGGGGAGAUUUAGAUUAGACAUUAGGAGGAAAUUCUUCACUGUGAAGGUGGUGAGACACUGGAACAGGUUGUCCAGGGAAGUUGUCGAUGCCUCCUCCCUGGAAAUAUUCAAGGCCAGGGUGGAGCAACCUGAUCUAGUGGAAUCUAGUGCAAGGGGGUUGGAUCUAGGUGAUCUUUAAGGUCCCUUUCCAACCCAAAGCAUUCUAUAAUUCCAAAAACUGCAGACGUCUAAGUUCCCACCAUUUCAGACUCUCACUUCAUCCCCCUUAUGUACCCAGGUCACUUUACCUCUUUGUAGAUCUUCCCUUUCUCCAGCUGGUUUAUUUUGUCCCACUGCAGUGAGCCUUUAUCAUCCAGUUUUCUAAAAGGUCUGGAAAAAAAAGGAGGGGCAGAUGUCAACCUCUUUUCAUUUUUGGCGAUAGUUACCCAGGAACCUCAUUUGAACUGGAAAAAUCUGUUUACCUAUGUAACAAGUCAUAAUAAAAGCUCAACGUGAGAAGUGA